AUGCGCAUCCACGAGAGCGGAAUUGACCGCCGCCUUGACACGCCCACCCCGCCGAGCCCCACUCCCAAUCCACCACCUUGUGCACCCACUAACCACUCCCCAGCCGACAUCGACGCCACCAACCUUACCACCCGUCACUCCUCCCCUUCCUCCUCCUCUUCAUCCAUCACUGCCACAACGACGUCCGCUUCGGCGUCUGUCGCCCACGACCUCACCACAGCCGAACCUGACACAACAACAGGCACAACCCCUGCAACCUCCAUCAUCAGACGUGAGGGCCAGGGCUACAUCUGCCCUCACUGCGAUCGCACCUUCACUUCACGCAUCGGCCUGGUCGGUCACUUGCGAAUCCAUCGCACAGAGACUGGCGAACCAGUGCCUGGAGCACCAACCUACACUCACCGCACUCGCCUCCACUGCCCACACUGCCCUCGCACCUUCAGGCAUCGCAUGGGUCUAUUCGGCCACAUGCGCAUCCACGAGAGCGGAAUUGACCACAAUUCCGAUACAGCCACGACAUCCACCACGCCCCGACCCAUCCUCGCUCCACUGUCGCACGCGCCGACCACCACCACCAACACCACUGCUUCCUCAACAGCUGACACCGACAUCGCCGACCUCUCAUGCCCACAUUGUCCACGCACCUUCACCUCACGCAUCGGCCUGGUCGGUCACUUGCGAAUCCAUCGCACAGAGACUGGCGAACCAGUGCCUGGAACACCAACCUACACCCACCGCACUCGCCUCCACUGCCCACACUGCCCUCGCACCUUCACGCAUCGCAUGGGUCUAUUCGGCCACAUGCGCAUCCACGACGACCUGCGGUAG